AGUUUUAAACUAUUUUCACAACUACAAUUAAAUACAUUUAUUGAGGAUAAUGUCGUAUCUGAUUCUGGGUGGCUGUGGGUUUAUCGGCAGGAACUUAGUAUCCCACUUACUGGACAAUGAACUUGCUGAAACUAUUGUUGUCAUCGACAAGAUUCCACCAGCGAUGGCGUGGUUGAGCGCAAAACACAAAACAGCGUUUGAGGACAGCAAAGUUACGUUCAAGUCGAUAAAUUUACUGUCUCGCAUGAAUAUUGACAAGAUCAAAGAACUGGGGGUUACGUUUGACUACUGCGUUAACUUGGCUGCAGAAACCAAACUUGGCUUGUCUAAGGAGAUAUACGAGGAACGGGUCACAAAGCUGGCGCAGAACUGUGCUCUCUUUGCAAAGGAUCAGCAAGUUAAGCUUUAUGUGGAACUUUCAUCGGCACAAGUGUACGGAUCAAGUGGAAAAACUUCCAAGGAAGAUUCAAAAACUAAUCCGAAGUACGAUUUUGAGAGUUGUAAGCUGAAGGCUGAGGAGGAAGUAGCUAAAGUUGCUGGUCUGAAUCACGUAAUCCUGAGAGCUGGCAUGGUGUACGGACCCGGAGACAGACUUGGCUACAUAACCUCUCAACUCGUCAUCGCUUCAAUAUAUAGCCACCUGGGGGAGACCAUGAAGCUAAUCUGGAACAAGAACAUGUAUGUGAACACAGUACACGUUGAGGACCUGUGUCAUGCUGUGACCCAUCUUAUUAAGGAUGGUAUUCCAGGAGAAACCUACAACGUGGUUGAUAUGGGAGACACGAUCCUUGACGGUAUCUGUGUGCACGUGGGUAACAUAUUCGACAUAAAGUACGAGUACAUCUCCUCGUUCACGUCCAUGUUAGCGUCCAUAUCUCUAAAGGACGUGGCUGAGGACGUUAACGAGAAGCAUUUGUCACCCUGGUCGGAGAUGUGCAGCAAGGCGGGUAUCUCCAACACGCCUCUCUCUCCCUUUAUCUACUCCUCCCAGUUGGAGACCCUCAACAUUCGGGCCUGUAAUCACAAACUCCUAGCUACUGGCUUCCAGUUCAAGAGACCUGGGGUCACGGAGGAGAAUAUAAGGGAUGUGCUGGAGGACUGUGUUAAGAUUGGGAUCUUCCCUAAAACUAAUGUCAAGUAGUAGGACAGGUGGUGAGAUUUGUGCAUGUUGUGAUUGAUUUUAGAGUGGUAUUCCAAAUAUGCGAUGAUAUGUUACAGGGCCAUGGUCUGCAUGAGGGCUUGCUUGCUAGUUAAACACGCUUGUUAAUAUAAUAAUUUGUAGGAAAACUAAUUUGUUAUAUGUUAUAGAUUAUGUGGAUUGUGGAUAAUGUUUAAGAUUGAAAGAUGGCCGAGUGCAUUUGCAGAGGACGUUCAACCCAAGCAUAAUUGUUCCUUUAAAGUAGACUGAUCUUGUAUGAUGUAUAAUCAAAGUGCAAUUUUGGUUUGUGACAGGGAUUGCCAGCUGAGCUGUUGGUUAAAAAGCCAAAUAACAUAUUUCUUGGCAAUCGUCGUAGAAUAAAAUAUCUGGCCGACCAGAUUCGAAUAGUCAACAAAUGCUAAGCAGCUAGAGCUCCCUUACCUACCACAUUUACUGAACUCCGAGCUGACACCCCACUUUAAUUCGUCUGAUGUGGCCCAUCUCGGUUCUGUUUCAAUCUACUAAAUAUCGUGUAGCUGAUUUUCUUAUAUUUGCUUAUUUUUGGUUUUGUGUGUCAGAGGGUACGAUAUUUUUCUAAUAUCAGCGAAAUUUCGCCCAAACAUUAAACUUAAAUCAAAUUGAGGUUCGAUUUUCCAGAACUACAACAACCGUCUUUAAAGUGAUAAGGUGUGAGUAGCUGGAUUUAUAUUUUUGUACUAUUAAUUGUAUUUGUGUGAUCAGGGUCCCAUUUGUUGGCACAGUACAUUUAUAUUUUUAUACUUGAGAGAAAAAUGAACAUCGACAAUUUAAAAGCUAAUUAUUGUACAAAUAUUAUAUUUGAUAUUAUGUAAUUAGUUCUUUGAAUGAGACAUUAUUAAGUUAUCUAAUAUAAUAUAAUAUAAUAGCCAAGUAGUAGCCACCGUGGCCGAAGCUUCUACUAGAACUUAUUUUAGUCUGCAUGCAUGAUUUUCGAUUGAUCCAAAAUUUUCACACGCAUGCAGAAUAAUCACAUAUGGUUGGAUUUUCAUAUCAGUUAUCGUUUAUCAGUUAUCACAUUCAGAAUACACGUAUUCAACCUCUUUUGUAUCAGAAAUUAUUGGGCUUCCCAUUUUUAUUUUCAAUCUUUGUGCUGGAUUAUUCUCAUUUUUGCUAUUACAUAUUAUAUGGUAGCUUAUAGCCAGGGAGUUUGCUGUAAUUUGUAUUUGAUUUUACAAAACUUUAUG